AUGACGCCGAGAGUGCAAAACAUGGAUCGUCACAGCGAGGAGGAAGAGCACGAGCUCUCUGACCACAGCAGUAUCUCGAAGCGCUCGAGUACUGCUGAGCAAGAGCAAGGCCUUCUGGGUGCUUGGAAGCAGGAGGAAGAUGGGGAAGAUGCUGGCAGCGAGCAAGACUUCAGACGACCGGUGAGAAGACGUCGGUGGCAUUGGACCGUGUGGGCGACCAUUGCUGGAGCGACGUUGUUUGCGGUCCUGAUUGCGGUAGGCUUCGUCUUUGGUCUGCAACACGAUGCAAGAGAGGCAGUUGAGGAGGCCCUGGGAGUGCAUACGAGUGACUACAUACUCAGUCCGCACUGGGACUUCAAUGCCAAACCACAACGGAGAGAAUAUACCUGGACUGUACGCGAUCAGGUCCACAAUCCGGAUGGUGUCUAUCGACCUAUGCUUCUGGUCAACAACCAGUUCCCUGGACCCAUGAUCGAGGUCAACGAAGGCGACACCAUUGUCGUGCAUGUUGAUAACCGAGCUGUCAAUGCAACCUCCAUACAUUGGCAUGGUAUCUACCAGAAUGGCACACCACAUAUGGACGGCACCGUCGGCAUCACGCAGUGCCCUAUUGCGCCGGGCGGGAAGUUCACCUACGAGUUCACCGUGCCCGGACAGAGUGGUACAUAUUGGUGGCAUGGACAUCAGGGCGUACAAUCAUCUGAUGGUAUGCAUGGCCCACUCAUCAUCCACAGCAGGAAGGAAAAAGAGCUCCAGCAGAUCAAAUAUGACUCGGAUCGUGUAAUCAUGGUGUCUGACCACUACCACGAUCUCUCGUCUGCACUUCUAUGGCAAUAUCUGAAGCCGGAUAUGGAGAACACCGAACCAGUACCCGAGAGCGGCUUGAUCAAUGGUCAGAACAUCAGAAGUUGUGAUGAAUAUCCACAUCGUGAGUGUGACAAUAGCACAGCGAAUGUUGGGCAGGCAACCUUCGGACUUCGACCCAAUAGAGCGCACCGCCUACGCAUCAUCAAUGUCGCCGCUUUUGCCGAAUUUCAAUUCCAGAUUGACGAGCAUGAACUUGCCGUGACAGAGGUCGACGGGACGGAUGUUGUUCCCGCCAACUUCCAUAGAAUCAAUAUCAACCCAGCUCAGCGUUACAGUGUUGUCAUCAACACCACUGCUACGACCGCUGACUCUUUCUGGCUCCGCGCACGCAUGAUAACGCAGUGUUUCACCGACGCACCCAAGACCUUGCAGCCUGAUGUUUAUGGCAUAAUCAGGUACUCGAACACGGAAGAACUGCCGACUUCGAUAGACUGGGAGGAGCAGCUCGAAUCUGAGUGCCGCGAUAUGGAUACGAAGGAGCUUGCGCCCGUGGAAGUCAUUCCAGCACCUGCGAAGGAAGAUGCUUUCUUCUACUUUAGGUCGAAUUUCGAGAUUGGAGACUACCGUCUCAGUCGUGGCAUGUUCGACAGUAGCACCUGGAAACCAGAUGCACGAUCCACGACACUUUUGCGCACCAUUGAUGGAUUGGUAGAAAGCAAUAGCUCGUUCGCCGCCUCCAAUACCGCUGAGAACCCUGCAGCUUUCAUCAACGACAUCGCCUUCGACAAGUCGCGUGAGCUAGUGCUCCAGACGACAGGCGUGCAGACUGUAGAUAUCCUCGUCUCCAAUUUCGACGACGGAAAUCAUCCUCUACAUCUACACGGCUACAAAUACUUUGUCCUCGCCCAAGGCCAUGGCUAUCCACCAAUGAAGCAGCCUAUGGAUGGGAUAACACGAGACAACAUCUCACCUCUUUACGAGCACCUUGACCUUAGCAAUCCCUUACGUCGCGACACGGCUUCAGUGGAAGCAUUCGGCUGGAUAUUGCUGCGUCUCGUGGCGGACAAUCCAGGCGCAUGGGCAUUUCACUGUCAUGUCUCUUGGCACACGGAGGCUGGUCUGCUUAUGCAAUUCUUGACACGAACAGAUGAGCUUGCGAAGCUUGAGGUGCCGCAGGCCAAUCGGGAUCUCUGUGCUGCUGAGGGUAUUGAGAAGGGUAUGGGGCCUGAUGACGAGGAAUACUGGGACCUUGCGAAGUGA